AUGGAAUCUUCCUCUGUAAUUGUGCUUGACUCGGAUUCGGAUGAUGGGGUGAUGGCGGAAAGUCGCUCCAAUAGUAUAGGCGGUAAAAGGAAAGCAACACCAUCCCCGCACUCAGCUACCAUACAUACCGGUCCGCAGCUAAAUGGUACGAGUAGCGGCAACAGUGUUGUGACCGCGUCCGGAAGUGCACAGGAUCAGCCACCACAACGGAAACGCAUCAAACCGAUUACGAUCGCAACGAAUCUAUCGGAUAAGCGAUGGACCGAGGGGGGAACGCCACCACAUAACAACAAUAAUCAACCUAUUGUUGGCAACGAAAACUUCGCGCCAAUCACUUACUCCGAAGACUGGGAACAGGAAAUUAAGCAAUAUCAGCAAAAGCUGGCCGGUGCUGGCGGAGACAACGGGGAACGUUGCUUAUCCGUACAGACAGCAACAGCGACGGUUACCACUGCUACCAGUUGUCGUAGCAGCACCACCACGAACGAUGAUAUGGAACCAAACGGUAAUAUAAGAGAUGCGACCGACUCUGUGGAUAAAAGCGGUUCCGCAACAGAAGCUAGGGACAAACGUGUGUCCCGUAAAACUCCAUCCAAACCGCUAGACAAAAAUCCAAUUGGAAAAGAAUUUCAGGAUUUGCUGGAUGCUUGCCGCAAAGCGGACGGUUCGGAAGAUAUGGAAACGCUGAUAAAGGGAAAGCUGAUUCGCUACUACGAGAUCGUCCAUCCAGAUUAUGUAAAUUCUAAAAGCUUCAAACAAGCAGUCGUACAAGUAACGGCCGGAAUACGGGCACAACCAAAUCUCGUAUUUUUCCGGCUACGCGAGAUCGUGGAAGAGUUAAGUGCGCGACGGAAAUCACGCUCCGUUGCGCAGCCCGUAGAGGAACAAGACAAUCCUGUACCGGCACAGGACCGAAACUCGACCGGUAACGCUAAGAAAGAUCAACAAAUCGCCCUACUGAACCACACUCUGAAUCGUCUCGUGAAACGCAUCCACCAACUGGAAGAGGCAGAGGUAGAUUUGAACCAGGAGAUGAAAUCCACCUACCUCAUGACCGAACGGUACAAAAAGCGUGCUGUCGAGGUGUACGAAAAGCUGUGCGAUAUCACGGGGGAGAAUAAAAAUGCUCAACGGAUGGUGCGGAAACCGAUUCAAUUCCACGGCACGCAGUACACGGAGUUCAAUCGAAUGUUGUCGCACUACAUUAACAAGACCAAUAACAUGCCGGACUUUUUCGACGUGUUUAAAUGUUUGCAGCACUGCAACGUAAAGCACGACUACGGGUUACGAUCGGAGCGGAUGAAUCGGACCGCGUACGAUGCCUUCAGUAAGGUGGUCAGACAGCUGCAGAAACGGCGCAAGACGGACCUUUACGAAACGGCGUUGUACCAUGCCAGGGGGGAGAAAGAUCCGGCCACAGUGGAUCCUAAAUUGCGCGAGAAGCUGGAGGAGAAUGGCAAACACUACAGCAAAGUGAACAGCAUUAUCGAUAAGUAUGCCGAGAAAGAGCUAAUUUUAAGAGAAGGAAACAACGCAAAGACAGAGAAAACCAAUACGCCCGCUGAACAUAACAAUGAAACAAUGCCAUCCAGUAGCAAACCGAGUGCUACAGCCACGAGUUCGGGCACCACGUUUCCGAAUGGAAGGAGAAAUGCUAACGUGCUGGAACUUAGCGAUAACGAUGAUGACGACGACGACGACGACGAUGAGGACGAUGAGGACGACGAGGACGAUGAUGAGUAUGAUGAGGACGAGGAUGAUGCUGAGUCGACUACGAAAGAAAACGUUCAGCCGUACUUGUUCGAGGAUGAUGUGGUCAUAUCCGACGACGAGGAGCUGAUCCUGAUAGAUUCGUAG